AUGCAAUAAUUUGUGCUGGCACUGGGAGGGGGACAGUUGGAACAGUGGCUAGUUGAAGAACCCUUAGUUCUCUCACUCUCACUACCGUUUCACUUUCACACAUGCUCUCUUUAAAGCGAGACACCGGAGAACAAAGCACGGGCGAACAAAAGAGGAAAGAGUAGAGAGAGAGAGAUGCAGAGGCGCAGGCUAAGGGUGAGCAGCCUGUCCCUCAUGCGGUGGCUGCUAUCGUGCGCCAUCGGCGCGAUUGCCCUAGGGGCGCUCAUGGCCGUCCACGUAUUCUCCUUCUCUACCGUUCGCUCCCUCUCCGACGCCUUCAAGUUCCCGGAGCAAUGUGAGAUUGGGUGCCGGAGGUGGGGCGGCGAGCUGAGGUGGGCGCAGGAGUUAGCGCCGCCCAAACUCUCCAAACUGCCGACUUCCACUCAGAAGUUGGGCGGCGCCAAAGAGGUUUCGCAAUUCAAGAAGCUGUGGAAGCCUCCGUCGAGGCGUGAUUUCGUGCCAUGCGUGGAACCCACCUCGUCAUAUUUGCCUCGUUCUGAGUCGAGAGGUUAUUUGCUAGUUUACGCCAAUGGUGGGUUAAACCAGAUGCGAGCCGGGAUAUGCGACAUGGUAGCUGUUGCACGUUUAAUUAAUGCCACACUUGUUGUUCCACGUCUCGAUAAAAAUUCAUUUUGGCAAGAUUCUAGCAAUUUCUCAGAUGUCUUUGAUGAAGAACAUUUCAUCCAUUCUUUGUCAAGUGAUGUUAAAAUUAUAAAGAAACUGCCAAAGGAGUUGAAGGGAACUACCAAAGCCAUCAUGCAAUUUAGAAGCUGGUCUGGAGUAGAAUACUACCAAGAUGAGAUAUCUCGGUUGUGGGAUGAUUAUCUCGUUAUUCUGGCUGCUAAGUCUGAUUCUCGUCUUGCCAACAACAAGCUUCCUUCUGACAUUCAAAAGCUUCGUUGUCGUGCUUUCUAUAAAGCACUUCGAUUUGCUCCCCAAAUUGAGGCACUAGGAAAAUUAUUGGUGGAGAGAAUGAGGUCCUAUGGUCCAUAUAUUGCUUUGCACUUGCGUUAUGAGAAGGACAUGCUUGCUUUUAGUGGCUGCACCUAUGGCUUGUCUCCUGCUGAAGCUGAUGAGUUGGCAAGAAUUAGAGAGAACAUUUCAUAUUGGAAGGUGAAGGAUAUUGAUCCCCAAGAACAAAGGACAAAGGGGUACUGCCCAUUGACUCCAAAGGAGGUGGGAAUUUUUCUUUCUUCUCUAGGAUAUCCAUCAAAUACUCCUGUAUAUGUUGCAGCAGGAGAGAUAUAUGGAGGAGAUUCUCAUAUGGCUGAGCUCGAAGCCCGCUUUCCCAUUCUAAUGAGCAAGGAAAAAUUGGCAUCCGCAGAUGAACUCAAACCCUUUAGUCAUUAUGCCUCACAAAUGGCAGCCCUGGACUACAUUGUAUCAGUGGAGAGUGAUGUUUUCAUCCCCUCAUAUUCAGGCAACAUGGCAAGGGCAGUCGAAGGUCACCGCCGUUUCCUGGGCCACAGGAAAACUAUUACUCCUGACAGAAAAACACUCGUUCGUUUGUUUGAUAAAAUCAACCAGGGGUCUCUGAAAGAAGGGAAAAAGCUAUCAGACGCAAUCUCAGAAAUCCACAAAAGACGGCAAGGGUCUCCACGGAAGAGAAGAGGACCCAUUUCUGGAUCAAAGGGGGCACAAAGGUUUCGGACGGAAGAACCAUUCUAUGAGAACCCUCUUCCUGAUUGUUUGUGUCGGAGGCAAGAAUCUCAAGAAUGGAAUGGUUCUUUGGCGAACUCUUAAUGUGACUUGGAUGACUUCUUUAGUUCUACACAAGCAUGGGACAGGUCAGCAAUUAAUAUGCUGUUAUAUGAUAAGUUGGCAUGGCUGAUCCCCUUUAGCGGUCCAGCUAUCAUUUGGCAUAAAAGAUGACCAAAGGUGGUGGAGCUUGUGGGAUUUCAGGAGUCCCGUGGGGUUUGUAUAUUUUGAGCCCAUAAGCUUGUAAUGGAUGAGCGUAAAUGCUUGCUGUUUCCAUUGUGAGAUUGCAGCUCUGAUAGAUAACGAAUCCAAUUUUGGCCAUCCAUCUCGGUAAAGAAAUUGGCUGGGAUUUUUAGAAUGGCUGGAUUAAGCGUAACAGUAAUCCGAAAAUAAUAAGCAUAUUUGUAAUAUUAUCACAGCAAGGCAGCAAAAGAACAGAAAUAAAAUAAUAACACAAUGCAGGCCAUACAGGUCUCUCUCUGUGUUGUGUUAGACACAGGUCUUAUUUAUCUAUAUUAUUAUUUUUUAGAACGUUUUCCUUUAUAA